AUGAGUGCCAUCAAGUUUCUCCACAGCGACUGGGUUUUCACGCAAGUGGGUGGGGGUCAGGGAACGAGAUGUGGAGAAUGGCUCCCAGUAACCGAAUUUCCGACCACUGUUCACGUUGAGCUGUUGAAGUUGAAGAGAAUACCAGAUCCAACGGACCGUUCCGUACUAGGGGUUGGAGAAUCAGACUGGACAUUUAAGAACAAUUUCACUAUUACAAAUGCCGAGUUGGCUGCGUGCCAUGUCGACCUCAUCUUUGAGGGUCUCGAUACUUAUGCGACUGUCACCCUCAACGAUAGGGAGAUACUGGGCACAGAGAAUCAGUUCGUGACUCAUAGGGUUUCUGCGAAGCAGCACCUGCAACCAGGUUCCAAUGAACUGGCAAUAACCUUUACAAGCGCAUUUAGGAAGGCAAGUCAGGAACUCGAGAAAGAAUAUGGUAAAUUCCAUCUGUGGAAUGGAGAUUCCAGUCGGCUGCACGUAAGGAAAGCACAGUACAAUUAUGGCUGGGAUUGGGGCCCCGUACUUAUGACUAUCGGGCCAUGGAAACCUAUUUUCCUACAUACUUAUGACCUGCGCAUUAUGGAUGUUGACAUAAGGUGCAGGGUCGCUGAAGCAUUGGAUGUAGACAUCACCGUAGACCUGGCCCUUUCCAAGGACAGCCCUGGAUCAGCAUCUGUACUGCUCAGGGACCCACAUGGCAGCGUUGCUCGUUAUCAAGACGCUCUCGCCACCGAGACUGGAAGAGCAAGCACGAAAUUCUAUUUUUCCUCAGGAGAAGCGGAGCUGUGGUAUCCCGUGCAUUACGGGAAACAACCUCUUUAUACAAUCGAAGUUGUGGUGAAGGAUGUUGACGGUCGUGUCAUGGAUUCCAGGCACGAGAAGGUCGCCUUUCGCCGCGUUCAAGUCCUCGAGGAACCGCUUAUCGACCAACCGGGGAAGACUUUCUUGUUUGAAAUCAAUAAUAUCAGAAUAUUCUGUGCAGGGUCGAAUUGGAUACCUGCCGAUUCCUUCCUUACUCUAUUGAAUCCGCAGAGGUAUCGCGACUGGCUUCGAUUAGUGGUCGACGGUAACCAAAAUAUGGUCCGAGUUUGGGGGGGUGGCAUUUACGAAGCGGACAUUUUUUAUAAUAUCUGUGAUGUUCUUGUAUGGCAAGAUUUUAUGUUUGGCUGCGGACAGUAUCCGGCAUAUGAUUCUUUCCUCAAGCUUGUCGAGGUCGAAGCUAGGCAGAACGUCAAGCGACUUCGUAAUCACCCCUCCGUCGUGAUAUUAGCUGGAAACAAUGAAGAUUACCAACUAGCUGAAUCUCUGAACCUCAUAGAAUAUAGUGGUCAAACUUCCGAAUGCCCGGAAACCAAGUUUCCUGCCCGGCGUAUUUACGAGAGCCUCCUGCCGUCCAUCGUCAGCGAAUUGGCUUCGCCGUAUAGCGCACCAGGGGUGCCAACAACGGAUCCGACAUUAGGGGACUUGCACCAGUGGAACGUUUGGCACGGCUCCCAGCAACCGUGGCAAAAUUGGGAUACUCUAUCUGGGCGCUUCGUUUCUGAAUUUGGAAUGCAGGGAUACCCUAACGUUAAGACGAUUGAUCACUGGCUCAAUGGUCGAACGGACGAACGUUUUCCUCAAUCGCGUUUUAAUAACCAGCAUAACAAAGCAGCAGGGUGUGAAGGCCGAUUGGAGCUCUACCUCGUGGAGAACUUCAGACACACUUUCGAUAUGGAUAGCUAUGUGUAUUAUACCCAAAUCAUGCAGGCCGAGGCCCUUGCAACUGCCUAUCGCCUCUGGCGGCGUAACUGGCGUGGAAAGGGUAGGGAGUACACCGCUGGUGCCUUAGUAUGGCAGAUGAAUGACUGCUGGCCGACUACUUCGUGGGCGAUCGUUGAUUACUUUCUACGGCCCAAACCUGCCUAUUUCGCGAUUUCGCGCGAAUUGGUACCUUUCGCCGUGGGGAUAACACGUAAGGAAAAGAAAACAUUCACAAACGAGCUCUCGGCGUCCUCGUUUAUCAUUGAAACGAUCUUGGAGGUUUGGGGGACUAACAGUACCGUGGCGGAGAAGAAGGCCAGACUUGAGUUGACUUUUUUUGAGCUUGAUACGAAUUGGUCAGAUAAGAUCUCAAUGGAGGCCGUCAUGGCUCCAAACUCAAGCACCGAAUUAUUCUUCGAUCAACUACCUGGUCAACCCGUACGUACCAAACUCAGCGAGGUUCCCCGAACGAUUAUCGUUUCUGCUCGCUUGUUGGACGAGGCCGGGGUUGUUCUAGGGCGGCUCUCGAACUGGCCGGAACCUUAUAAAUUUAUUCAUUUCCCUUCUGUCAAAGAUUUGGGAUUGAGUAUAACGAUCGGCAGUGACGGUGAAUCCGUUGAACUUGCCGCUCGGGUGCCAGUUAAAGGUAUCGUGCUGGACGUCGAGGGCGACGACGUCAAGUGGAGCGACCAGGCGAUCGAUCUUUUUCCAGGGGAUCCCCAAAUCGUUAAGGCUGUAGGGCUCGGGGGCCGUGAGGUCAAAGUGCGAUUCCUAGGCGAUAGCUCAUCAUGA